AUGACCCCAAGACGAAAGCCCUUAAGCCGAGUGUCUGUCAACUCUCGCGUGUCUGAAAAAGGAAAGUCGCUCAGAAACCCGAAAUCACGCUUUUCGCUCGCGGAUUUCGAGAUCGGCAAGACCUUGGGCAAAGGCAAACUCGGCAAAGUCUACUGCGUCAAACAUCGGGCUUCAGGCCUAAUCUGCGCCAUCAAAGUCAUGGCCAAGAAAGACUUGGUGGAGUUGAAGCUCGAGAAAAACUUCCGGCGCGAGAUCGAGAUCCAGCGUACCUUGGUGCAUCCUCACAUCAGCCGGUUGUAUGGCUUUUUCUUUGACGAGACAAACGUGUACUUGAUCUUGGAGUACGCUGUCUACGGCGAGCUCUACCAGCUUUUGAAGACCCACCGCCGCUUUGACGACAUCACCGCGUCGAACUACAUCUACCAAGUGUCCACGGCUUUGCAGUAUUUGCAUUCACGGGGAAUAAUACACCGGGACAUCAAGCCAGAAAACCUUCUUCUAGCGGCCGACCGGUCGGUCAAACUCAGUGACUUUGGCUGGUCCGUGAAAACCGCGUCGGCGGCCGGAAAAAGGCUCACCAUCUGCGGAACGCUCGACUACCUUUCGCCUGAGAUGGUGGAAUCAAAAGAACACGACUAUGCGGUGGACAUCUGGCUGUUGGGCAUUCUCUGCUACGAGUUUUUGGUAGGGCGGCCGCCGUUCGAGGAAACAGAUAAAAACGCCACCUACAAGCGCAUCGCCAAAGUGGACUUGGCCAUACCUAGCUUUGUGGAAGAGGAUGCGGCUGACCUUAUUAGGCGGCUCCUCCAGAAGAAUCCCCGCGAUCGGAUUCCGUUGGCAGAGGUGGCUACGCAUCCGUGGAUCGUCAAGUAUCGCCCGCUCUGGCCAAAAGCACAUAAAUAG